AUGUCUAUCCUUGGAAUACAUGUUUCACCUCAACUGGUGUGUGUUUUCCACAGGGGAGUCUUCACUGCAGUUGGAAUAAUAUAUCGGGAGCAAGGGAUCCUGGGCUUCUUCUGUGGUCUAAUACCACGUUUACUUUGUGAUCUGACGGCUCUUUGGCUUGGCAAAACACUAGCUCACGUAAUCAACAAUUACUUAGUAGAAGACAGAGAUCUCAAGCAGUAUGUCUCAGCAUCAAUGAAUUUCCUUGCUGCAGCACUGGUGUAUCCACUGCAAGUAGUGUCGAACUGCAUGGCCAUUUCGGGAAGUGGAUUGGUAGCUGGCUCACCUCCCCAUAUGCCAGUGUUUGAUGGCUGGAUUGACUGCUAUAAACAUCUACGACAGAUUCGAGGACUGAGCGUGUGGGCUUCUUUGCUGUGGCGCACUUAUACUGGCCCAUUGCUCUUAGAUGGAGUCACAAGUAUACCUUCUGUAGAUAUGUUUACCAAAAGUUAGUUCUUCAUCAGGCUUUAAUAAAUAUUGAAGGUAGGGCACUUGAUUGUAUUUGUAUUAAUUUGUCAGUUCUGUUCAAAAGAACAGAGAUAGUCACUAAGUUAGUGUAUAGGAGAUAUCCUGAUUGGAAGCAGUUAUUUAUUUAACUUACAAUAUUUAUUUUUCAUAAAUGGAACAUUGUGACUUAGGAAGUUAUGUGUCAUGGUGUCAACUUUUAUAAAGUAGUCAGAUUUAAUUUAAAUAAGCAGUGACAGUGCAUCUUUUAACAUCCUAUGGACUAAGUACUGUACUUAGAUUUUUACCGUUCAGUAGUUUUAUUAGCAUUAUUUCUUUUUCUACCAAUUUAACAGGAUUUAUGUACACAAUUUGUGAUCGCAAUGAGUAGAGGUGUAGUGUAAGGUUUUGUACACCGUCGCAGUUUUUCAUUGGCAAUACUUUUUGUCCAAGUACUAUUGUAAAAAUUUAUUUCUCAGAAUUGCUUUUUAAUACUUGCCCUACCCUUUUAUAAUAAUAGUACAUAUUUGUAUUGGUUAAUAAGAUUACACUUCAAGGACCACAUUCAA